AUGGCGAACCUUUCGAACCUCCCCAAGCAGAUGAAGGCUCUCCGAUACGAGAAGCCCGAGGAUUGGUCAAUUGUCCAGGUCCCUCUGCCAGAGCUCCGGGAGAACGACGUCCUGGUCAAGGUUCGCGCGUGCGGUGUAUGUGGCACUGGUGAGUCGAUUCUCCGUCGUAUCCUGCAUUGCUUAUGUCGUGCGAGUGCGGCUAUCAAACAAACAGUUGGGGAACAUGUGCAACUAACACCAGUGCCACAGACUUGGUACAUGACAAACCCCCCCUGA